GAAUGACUGAGAAAAGACUUUUUAAAGAAAUGUUGUAUGCUCUUGGAAAUUUGAUGAUAGAAUCUGAAAACAGUAAUUUUUACGUUCAAACAUUUUUAUCAGGUACAGCAUCACAAGAUGUUACCAAUAGCUUUAAAGCAACAGAUUAUUCCUUUGAGUUUGUCAAGUGUCCCCUGUUAUCAAACAAAUCAAUUAUUGAAAAUUUUAAUUAUUUUGCUGAAAAAGGAGGAGAUAAAAAGAAACUUUGGAUGUGCAACACCAAAUUUUUACAGCUUUUAUAUGAUACUGGUGGACUACUACGAGCACUGGAAACUGUUCUUGAUAAAUGUUUCAAAAGAGGUAGAUUCUUUCUAAAACUGCAGGAUAAAAAUUUUACACUAUUUGAUGACAUAUUUCAUGUUGUCAUUAAUACUCUCGUGAAUAAGUAUAAAUUGGACAAAUUUAUUAUGAAAAACCGUGAAGCUAGUUGUCAGCAAUUAUACCACUGCAUUGGAGCCAUUCCGGUUCAGCUUGAUACAAAAUUGGAUAGUGAGUGUACUGUAACAGUAGAAGACCUGAAGCGUGAUGGGUUUUUAAUUCUAAGGAAUCCUGGUCCUAAUACUUACUUUAUUGAGAUGCCUUUUUACUUUAUUUACAUAUACAACAUAUGGUUGAACACAAUCCCUACUACUAUACACAAAAUGUUUCAGCCUGAAUCACAAAUGGCCUGGGAUACCUGGGAGAAAUUUGUAGCUAAUUAUGAGGUAUUUCGCAACAACAUACUUGUUGAGCUAGAGAAGCAUAAAGAUGGAAUUUCUUUGAAAGAAUUUUAUCGUGGAGCAAUUGGCAAAGUCUCUGUUUUGAACAUCUGGGUGAGGCUUGAAAAGCUUGAAUUAUUCAUGGAUCUGGAUGGCUUGGUUAUUGUAAAUGGCUAUUCAGCACCAUUUGCUGAUGUUUUUUUAUUACGUAAAAUAAUUCCUGAAAGUAGAAAUCUUCUUAUAGCAUUUCAACAGAAAUGGUACAUUACAUCACAAAAAUUUACCAUAGAUGAUGCUGUAAAAGAAUGCAAUAAGAACAAAAAUGCUUAUAAAGAUGUAAAAGAUGAUAAUUUGAGGAAAUUUCUUGAGGAGGCUCAUAUUGUGACUGUCAUUUUUACAUCACGACCAUUUAAAGGGAAUCCUAAAGAUCUACCAGAUGACUGCCUGAUUAUUUCAAAGGAGAACUUCAAUCAGUAUUUUGGCCCCUUGUUUGCCUUACGAUUGACUUUUGAUAUUAUAAAUGAUCUCAAUAUCAACUCUGCAGAGCCCAAUCAAAUUGCUAAUGUGAUCAAAGGGGCUGAAGAGGUCAUAUCUAAGGCUAUAUAUGAGAAUCGACCAUAUAAAAGUGCCACUGAAGUUAUUGAAAAAGUUGUUGAAAAGAAUUCAACUUGUAGAAGUUACCUUGAGGACAUUAGAACUCAGCUGGAGAAUUGUUCAUAUACUCCAUACUCAUUUCUGGAUAAUGAGCAAGAUUCAAUGAUAUUAGAUGAUAAUGUUAUAGAAAUGGAUGUUAACUUGCAAGAUUAG